CCCAACACUUACGCCGUCGGGCCCCUCCACGCACUCGUUGAAUCAAUUACCUCAUCAACUGUCUCCGCCAGUCUUUUGGCCGAGGACCCCUCGGCCCUCUCCUGGCUGGACGCCCAGCCCGACCGAUCCGUUGUCUAUGUUAGCUUCGGCAGCAUCACGCAGCUGACAAAGGGAGAUUUUGCAGACUUCUGGCACGGGUUUGUCGACAGCGGUUUCCGUUUCUUGUGGGUGAUAAGGCCUGACCUGGUGGCCGGUGGAGCCGCUGUGGUCGAGACGACAGAGUCGAGGGAGAGGGUGAGAUUGGUAUCGUGGGCUCCGCAGGAGGAGGUGCUGAAACACCGUGCGGUGGGGUGUUUCCUUACGCACAGCGGGUGGAAUUCGACGGUGGAGAGUGCGGCGGCAGGAGUACCGAUGUUGUGUUGGCCGUGGGCAUGGGAUCAGCAGGUUAAUAGUAGAUUGGUUGGGGAGGUGUGGAAGGUUGGUUUGGAUAUGAAGGAUGUGUGUGGCAGGGAGAUGGUGGAGAAG